AUGACUUUAAUAUUAUUAAAUUGGUAUUACAUUAUCGUUUAUGGAAAAUACCUGGGAUCGCUAUCGGUGAUUAAUGUUCUUCUUGAGACCAAUAUAAAUAGAUCUCGAAUAGUUUAUGUGGAGACUCGAGCCAAAGAAAACAUCCCAUUUAUUACUAAUAAAUUCAUUUUAAAUGCUGUUUAUAACGAAUUGCGCAAACAAGGCAUACGUGUGUAUAAGAAAUGCGAAUUUGAAAAACACACAUUAAACGGAGAUCGAACCCGUAUUCAAAAAGUGACAUUUAAUACAGUUGGUAAGGGACUACUUACGAUUGAUUGUGAUGCAUUGUUUUGGUUCGACCAAAAAUUUGUCAGUAAAGUGAAUUGGUUUACAAUUUUACAGUCCGCGUUAAAGUUUGACGGACAUUUAGUGGUAAACACAUCAUUCGAGACCAACAUAGAAUACGUGUAUGCUGCAGGAACUAUGGCAAGGUUCAUGCAUAAUGAUUCUGUUAUCAUAUCAAAUCAUAUGUAUUAUAAUAGAUUAGAGAUUGGUAUUCGAUUAGCCAACGUGCUGAUGAAACGCUUAGGAAUUAUUGAAGAUGACAAAUCGAACGACCCUUACGUUCAGCCAGUUUUUGUUUAUUGUCAAUUACCCGGUAAAUACAAUUAUAUGCAUACCGAAGUGCCCGUUUGGCGAUCGUUGAAGACUUAUACCAGAUCACUCAGUACUGGGAAUAUUACAGAUGGAUAUUUUGAAAUUGUUGUCAACAAUUAUGGUGACAUAAUGGCAUUGUCAUGUUAUUCGAAAAAGAAUUUCAAGUAUUUAAAUUUAAUGAAUCUAUGCGGGAAACACGUGAAUAAUUUCAAUGAUAUGAUGGACCGCUUUAAAACGAAUUCCAUUCCGUGUUUUUUUGAUUAUUUCAACCAACCUUGGUCAUACAUUUUAUACUCGGUCAGGUUUUGGAAGCUAUUAGACGAAAUAAAAUUAAAACGAGAAAAUAAGAUUUCACAGUUGUCGAGAUGUCCUUAUUACGACAGUAUUUUUGAUAAGAUAUACGGGAAAAAGUUAAACACAAUUUUGAUGAACUUUGUCGUCAAUAACGUGGAUGAUUUUCCAAUGUUUUUUCAUACUACUCAUCGGAGGAAUACGACGGAUGAAUAUAACAUGGUAUAA